AUGUCUGGACCUAUAACAGAGAAGAGUCCAGUGUCUGCCCUCACCCUAAACCUCAUCUCUUCUCACAACGACCUCCUUUCCCCGAAGAGCCGCCAGAUUUAUGCCCACACUGACCUGCAGAGCGCCAUGGGGCUCGUCAGCGCCGAUCUCGGCGGAGGCGCCCCGUCUGAACACACCAACCCUAAGUGGCUGAAGGAAGGGCAGAACCAGCUUCGCAAAGCGGCCGAGCACGAGAAAGAGGACCAGAACUGCAACCCGGAUCCAGAAUGUGGUAACAAAGACUGGACCAACUGGAACCAAGAGAAGAGCAACAAGCAGACCCAGCUGGAGGAACUAGAAGUAUCGGCUCUGAACUGCGUCAAUCGCAGCGGCAUCAUCAACACCCCUCUGCUCAUCCAAGACGGAGAAGACGAGGAUGACGAUCUGACACCGGCUCAGAGCGAGGUCACAGAUCCUGUCACAACAGAGACUUCUGAACAGAGCUCCGAGGUUCAGGAGAACAGCAAAGAGAUGACUGAUGGCCCCAGAGACACCGGGCGCAGUGCAAGCUUGCUGUUUGGAAUGAGGAACACGGCUGGAAGCGACGAGGACUCCAGUUGGGCGACUCUGUCUCAGGGUAGUCCAUCUUAUGGCUCCCCGGAUGACACAGAUUGUUUUUGGCCAAGGAAUGCCAUGGACACAGACUCCGAUCUGCCUUCUGGGUGGGUUAGGGUGCAGGACACGUCCGGAACAUACUACUGGCAUGUACCCACUGGGACCACACAGUGGGAACCACCAUCCGACAUCCAUGGGGAGCCCAAGAUGUAUUCCCCACCAGUGACCUCACCCCGACAGAAGAGGAGACAUCACAGGAGCAGCUGUCCGAUUACAGCCACAUUGACGCAGAGGAGGUGACCUUCCACAUCAAUGAUCUGAGUCUCAGUUCUGCCGAUCCGGGAGACGAACAGGAGCUUGUACAGAGCACAGAGCCUGAGCCACAGAAAUUUUUAGUGCGCUCUCUUGGUUGGGUGGAAAUGACAGAAGAGGAUUUGGCUCCUGGAAGAAGCAGCGUCGCUGUAAACACUUGCAUCAGACAGUUGUCACUCCACAAUCAGAGCCUGAUCCCAGGGGAAGGACAUGUUGCUGGUCUUGGAUGAGGAUUCUCUGAAGCUCUAUGACUCUGCAGGAGAGACAUUGCUCCACUCCCAGCCUAUUGUCAGCAUCCGAGUGUGGGGCGUGGGACGGGACGACGGGAGUGCAGGGACUUUGCCUAUGUCGCCAGGGACAAACUGACACAGCUGCUGAAAUGUCACGUGUUCCGGUGUGAGGUCCCCGCCAAGGCAAUCGCCACCGGUCUGCAUGGGGUCUGCUCCCGUAUUAUGGCUGAGAGGCGCAGUAACCGCUCACUGGUGGAUGGGCUUUUCCUGGACCAUUCGAGAAUGGUGGACAUUCCUUUCCAAGUUGAAUUUCCAGCCCCAAAGAAUGAACUGGUACAGCGGUUUCAGGUGUACUAUCUGGGGAACGUUAACGUCGUCAAACCUGUGGGAAUGGAUGUGAUAAACACCACACUGCAGACAGCGCUGAGCUCUGAUAGAGCCGAAUGGGUCCCUGUCAUUGUGAACGUGGCAUCAGCAACUGUUACCGUCUUACAUCAACAGAGCGAAGAAACGAUCAGCGAGUGCCGCGUUCGCUUCCUGUCUUUUAUGGGUGUCGGACGUGACAUCCACAGCUUCGCCUUCAUCAUGGCAGAGGCUUCGGGAAUAUUCGUGUGCCACAUGUUCUGGUGUGAACCCAAUGCGGCCCACCUGUCAGAGGCAGUACAGGCUGCCUGCAUGCUGCGCUAUCAGAAGUGCUUGGACGCGCGGCCCCAGAGCUCCUCCUGCCUUCCUACACCUCCUGCUGACUCCGUGGCUCGUCGAGUGGGCUCCUCUGUCCGCCGAGGGGUGCAGACACUAUUUGGCUCGUUUAAAAACAAGCGCCCCGGUGGGCAGACGCCAUGA